GUAGUGGAGGGAACGUGCCGUGGAAGCUUCGUGCUGCCUGCUUUUCAGAGUCUCCGGGUUAUUGUGCUGAGUUAUUAUUCAGCAGUGGGAUCGGUGUUUCUAUUUUAGCUGCUGAAAGCCGUGUGCUCAGCCCCGCUGCUCUUCCUCGACUUAAAAUUUCCGUGGAAAGGAGCAGGAACUCUUCCUGAUCCGCAGUUGGAACCAAGGCUGGUGGGAGCUAUCUGUUGCUUUGUGUGCACGUUGAGUUCCUGUUACCCUGCUAAAACCUCGUUUGUUUGGUGUCUCUCUCCUUUACUGACCCUAUGCAGAGCUAUUCAUAGGAACAACGUGGCUGCAGAGCUAUGUCAGAAGGGCUGUGCUGUGGGAUGAGAUUACUUGGUGUAACCCGGCAACUCCUGCUGCUGGAUGGUAUAAAAUUCACCGUGUGUAACAACAUACACAGUUUCUAAUGUGGAGAAUGUGGUUGUACCAGACCUGUCAGUCCGAAAUUUUGAAAACUAAGUUCAAGGAAGGUGUGGAGAAAAAGGAAAUGUGUGUGAGUGUGGCUUCUUACCAACCUAUGUCAGGAGAAGAAAAUAUUCCUACCUGAUGAGAUCACAGAUGUGAUGUUUUUGAAGGAAAAAUAUGUCUGUAUGUAUGUAAGAUUGCACCAGCAAUAGCUUUGUUUUUCUUCCCACCUACAUGGAAUAAAUCCAUGGAUCUUUCUGUCUGGCCUGGUGAGGUGCUUGCAUCUGUGUCUGCUGAGCUGAAGCAGUCAGUGAGGUCACUCUUCAGGCCUAUGAUAACUGCCUGUGGAAAAAAAAAAAACAAACAGCAGCAAGGGUCUUUCUGGCCGUGAGAGACCCUUUCUGAUGUGGAAUAUAUGAGUCAUCCCCUGAGGUGCCCAGUAUCCAGGCAUUCCUGAAGCAGGACAGCUGCCCUGGGGCAGUGCCCAUAGAGUGGCUCCAGGGUGGGACAGGGCAGGGCAGCGAGACCCCAGAGUUGUCUGUGGGAUCACAAGGGCACGAACUGUAAGGGUGGAAGGAAAUAGGUGAGUUACGAUGUUUUGGUUAGGCAAGGAGGUGGGCUUUGAUAUCUACCAUGUGCGCUGCUAAAUAGAGGCUUUAGAAAUUACAUAUGGGUGUUGCCUCCCUCAGAAGGAAAAUGCAGUGGCCCACGUAGUGAAUGAUCCCAUUCACAGAGCCAAGUGCUCGAGGUCCUUCUUCACUUUCUCCUCAGACUUUUGAAAAGUUACAAGCAGAGAUGGUUUUAGAGGUUUCUGUGUGAUAGCUUUCUUCUUUGUGUGCUCAUUUUUGUGAGGAAGAACAGUUGUCUUUGUGAUGCCUUCCGUGUACCAUGAGUGUCUUUUUAUCCUGCUCUCAUUUUUGGUGAUGGUUUCCGGGUGUUCUGAUAAAUAUCUCUCAUUAAACGACUGAUCUGUCCUUCCAAGCCAGCUUUACAAGAGCUCUCCCAAGUCUGCCUUGGCUGGUUUGUGGUUUUCUACCCUCUGCAUGUACCUUCACGUGUUGCUGGGCAUUCUGGUUCAGGUGCUUUGCCUGGAAGAAGAUACAAUCCAGUGGAUCCCUUACAGAUGUAAUUUGAAGACUGCUGUGAGUCUCCAUGAGGCUGUCCGCACCAUUGCCUCAAAGGAGUCUGUAAGGAAAAACUAUUUUGCACAGGAUGUCUUGCAGUGUAUCACAGGAUCUCGUUUUGUUAAUCUCUGUGCCUGAAGGUCCAGGUUAUUUUAACUACAAGCCUGAUUUAUUUUAUUUUUUAAUUAUUGUAAGUGUAUGAGAUACUUUACUCUGGCCCCAUAGUUAAGGGCGUUUUAGAAACAAAUUUCAGAUGGCUUGAAAUGCUUCUUCAGAUAUCUUUUCUUACAGAUGCUUGCAGUGUUAUAGUAUAACAAAUGGAAAUAUGCACUGUGUUUUUAAGCGUUUAGUUUACUGAGAUUGACAGCUCAGCUGUCAUUCAUUUAAGUAAUAUGUUUUUUAUUUGUGCUAGCCUUAUAAAGAAGGUGGUGAAAAAUACUGGGAAAUUAAUCUGAGGUAACUGAGUGUAGAAGGUUUUUUGGUCUAUUUCAGAGUUUCUAUUUUCUGCCAUCUGUUUACGUAAAAGCCCAAGAGCUUAGCAGCAGAACAAGAAAAAACCCUCAACUUUCCCAUUAAUCCAGUUUUCUUUCUGCUUCUACUAUCGCAAUGUUGUGUAUUACUAACUACUAUUUGUAAUCUUCAGGGGGAAAUAAAAUACAACUUUUUUUCUUCUUUCCCUUCCCCCUUAAUGAUGCGUGAACUUCUGUAGGUGUUAAAUCUUCCUGUCUGCCUUUUAUCCUCAUCCUACAGAAGAAUCUGAACCCUCAGCUUUUUGCAGUGGUUGCUGAGGUUGGAGGGAAACAUCACGUGCAAGCUGCAGUUGCCUUUGCAGGUCACCUUUCUGCAGUGCAUUGAAAUUAAUCUGCUGUACUUUGUGGUUCGGUGUUUCAAUUACUGCUAUCGGUGGCUGGUCUUUGUGCAGAAAGCUUGAAGGGCUGAGGAGCAAUAGGCAGCGUUCACUGGUGUGUGUGCUAUUAAAUAAAAAUAGAAGCACAGAGCUUGCUUGUGGUAUCACUGCCUUUUGAAUAAAUGUGCGUGCAGAUUAUGGCAAGACUCUUCAAUAAUGCUGUGUUCGGUACGUAUCACCUUUAAAACAUCACGUCCUUAAAAUUCAUUCUGUUAGGGUGGAGUAGCUCCUCAGUGUUCUGAAUACAGUCAUAACUUACUCUUGAGGGCAAAACUGAGAUGUUGGUAUCUCAACAGGAAGAUCCUUUACAGCACUGCUACAGAAUGGGUGAAUUUUAAGCAUCUCCGGGAUAAUAACUGAAGUCUCUGUGUAACUGUUUGUGUUGUUCCACUCCCAGCCCCGGCAGCAGCAGUAAAACCCGAGUGCAUUGUACUGGAGCUAUUCUUUACAUUCCAGCAUCCGUGGGGAGCCAGGAGGAGCGAGGCAAAAAGUUGAAUAGCCCCCAUGUGCCCUGGCUGGGGAGGAAGGGCUGGAAAACUUAAGAAGCCACAAAGCUGAUCCUCCCUCCUUUAGGCGGAGGGAUGGAGUAACCAGGGGCUGGUUUUAAGACCAGGCAGGAAUGAAAUGAAGUUCUUACUACAUCAGUGAAGCUCUCCUUAACAUCUGUUGGUUCAGAGUGGAAGUUACCAUUUUCUUAGCAGUAUUGCUUUCUUUUGGGACAGUAGCCAACAGAAAGCUGUUUGGGAAAUGGGUGACUAGCAGUCUUAGAUUUCCAUAGGCCCUUCAACUCUCUUUUAAAACAAUGUUUUCUCAGCCUUAAGAGUAUGAGAUGGAAAUAUGAAAAUGAAGAUCAGCUGCUGCAGAGCUCAGAGCAGCUUUUUUUUUUAAGCUGGAUCUGCAGACUGGUGCCUCUCUUGCACAGCAGUAGCCUGGUGCUGCUUGCUUGUGCUACCACUAUUCUCAAAGCCCUCUGGCCAGCAGUGAAAUGAGAGUGGAGUGAGGGGCUUGUCAUCAGCUCGGGCAGAGCCCCAACAGAAGUAAGCAGUGGAAAUAUGCGUACAAAGUGGCUGCUUAAUGGUAAAUGAUGUGUGUGUGCCUGUGUAAGAUAUCAUGCAGGAGGCAGGAGAGGAGGAGUCCCUUUUCCCAGGGUAAGAAAGGAAUGGAGGUUGUGUCUCUGAUACAUCUUUUUUUCCUCCUUUCCACUGUAGGUGUUGACUUAUGCAGCUCCUUUCUGUGCAGACUUAUUUUGCUGCUCUGUGUUGUGCUGAUGCAGUUUUUUGGCUACGUGAUGACCUGUGUGGGAGAAACGAUCUGCUUAGGGAAAGAGUCCUGCCAGCACCCCAGCAUGAAGCGAGGGACACAAAAGGGAAGGAACUUGCAGAUUUUUGUUCUGUAAUGGGAAGUGAGGAGGGUACGUGACAGCUUAAGAAGUGCUGUUGCUGAACGAAAGCAUGACCUUACUCAUCUUUUGGCAAUUAAAAUAGAUAUUUCCUGUUUCUCUGAAGUUCUUGAACCUGCCUGCCUAUGUCCUCCAUCAAUGUCAUGUCUGAGCACCUUGGAAAUGCUAUCGCCUCAAUCUCCACAGUGCUUCAGAUAGUCUGAAGCUGAUGUGUGGAGUUGAAACCAGGAGCAGGGUUAGUGGUGUAGAUGAGAGAUACCCUGUAGGGUUUGUUUGAACAUAAAAUUUGCACAAGAUUAAGUGGAGACACGAUAUUAAAUCCACUUAAUGAAACACCAGAGCAAGUUAGGAUUUGUCCAUAUGGUGAAUGUGCGCAGGGCUUGCUAGCAUGUGGUUGCUAGUCUUGGUCGUGCCCUGCGUGCAGACAAGUUACUGCUUUCUCAUUCAGUUAACUGAGAAAAGCCUGUUUUUCACUGAAAAGAGUUAAGGGAAAACUACGGCUUGCUCUACUUGCCCAGACAUUUUGCAAUAUUUAAUUGAGACGAGGAGACAAUUUUUGCCUCAGCUGAAGAUCUGGAAGGCUGUGUAGGGCUAUCCUUCCCACCCACAUCCACUAGUUUUGUAACUGCCUGUGGUGGUUUUAAUCCCCAGUUCUCAGAGGAACUUGGUAGUGAUCUGCCACGUGGUGCAGUGGCUCUGAUGUUGCAGUACCUCUGUAGUCUCCUUUGGUGGUUGUCCUCUCCUUUCUCUGCGCGAUUCCCAAGUGUAGAUGUUGGCAAAAGGAUGCUAAAAUGGGUGGGCAAGGAUGUAUCCUCCAGCUCCAUUGCAGAGCAGUUGUAAAUGCUGUACGUGUAGGAGGGGAAUGGACCACAAAGUGUCUGCUGUGUGCUCUCCCUAAAUAGCAUCUCCUGCUGCUGGAGGCUGACAGGUCUGACGUAGCUGUGUGUUUCUCCUGCCUAUGCUGCUCAGCUUGUGUUGCGGAGCACAGCCCAGGUGUGUAUGCUGUGUUGUGACCUAGACAGCUGGUUCAGAUACUGGCAGUACAAAUAACAUUUGUACAGUUUCUGAAGUACAGUAAAUACAGAAAUAACAGUGAAUACAGUUUCUGAAGACUGACUUUUUCUUGCAAAACAUGUUAAGAAAAUACUGUUACUUCAUCACCCAAGCCAUUCUCUGAUUCUGUGAUCUUAAUUGGAGCAAUUUAAGUGGAAUAGCUGUUUUCAUUCCUUCUGUGUUGAAGACAUGCCCUUUAUUGUUUUCAACUUGGGACAUGGAUGUUUUUGUCUUUAAAGAUUUCUGAUGAAGAAUGAAUGAAAUGAAGUGAAGAAUGCUGCUCAGAGCUUCCUUGGAAACGGCACUGAAGUAAAAUAGAACAUACAUGUUAUUCAUUGGAUUUCACAGGACUUAUUUCUUAUUACAAAUGGUUGGUGUCUGAUUAUCAUUAUUAUUAUUUUUUAAGUUGAAUGACUGAACUCAACUAAUGCCACUUAGUAAGUGUCUGAAAGCAGCAUUUAAAGUGUUUAAAUUCAGGCAACAGUGUUGAGGAAAUAUGGACUCUUCUGCAACGCAAUUAUGUGACAAGCAGAAAUAGUUGAGUUUCUGAUGUAUUUUUGCCAGCAGACUUUUUGAUCUUUAAUGGAAGACAAGCUUAGAGGGUUUCUUUGUUCUGCAAAGCUGCUUGGUAACUUCCGCAAAACUUGUGGAGGUCUCAAAUAUGUGAAGUUCUGUGGCACUGAGAGAUGUGGCCAUGGUGAUGAUGGGCUGAUGGUUGGCCUAAAUGAUCUUGGAGGCCUUUGUCAACCUUAAUGAUUCUAUGAUCCUAUGAUCUCCUGGCAGAUUUGUCUGAAAUUAGCCAAAGGGGCUCCAAAGCUCUACAAGGAAAGGAAGGAUAGGUGCAUAUGCAUGCAGAAUAUGAUUGCAUAAAUUUCAUUUUGUGCUCCAAACGUUUGUGCUAUAGCAGCACAAAGUGCCUAUUACUGUACUGCAUUUCAUGCUUUAAUGGCCGUGCUCGAAUAGCAAUGUGAUGGAUCUUGGUGAUGCUGGAAGCUGAGCUGGGUUCUGUAUGCUUAGAGCAGCAAAGACAUUGAUAGAUGAUGCAGUUGUUCCUGCCUACAGCAUACCUUGCUCUGGAGAUUUCUAGCUGUAAGCUGAAAUAAACAUCAGACUUCACUGCUGUGGGAAUAUGCCAUGAAGUCAGGUUUGGUUACAGGGGAGCAGAUCCGUGCUGCAGGAGGUCCAUGGUGCUGCUGUGACUGGCAGGGAGGUGAGCCGUGUGCUGUCAUGAGGCUGGCUCACCUGCUGCUCUUAUCUUCAGGUAGGAGACUGUAUGCAUAUAGCCCUGGUCAAAUCUGAUGCUUAGCAAAGAUCGGGUAGGGAAGGAUAGCUGACAUGUUUAAAAAUACCACAGCCCUGAGAAAGAUCCUGCUUGUUUUGUUGUAGCUUUGAACAGCUGUGGAAACUGAGACUCCUACAGCAGCAAUAGGUGCUGUUUCACUUCCAGCAGACCAGAACUGGCUGAGAAAGUAACAAGUGAAAGCGAUGCCAGGAGCUGAUGACUGGCAGUGAGCAUGGGGUGUGAAGGUAGGGGGCUGUGGGAAGGACAGGACUGUGUGCCUGUGGCCAUCCCACCAAGAGAGCUGGCCUGCAUACAUUUUGUGCCCCAUGGCUCUCAGCAGCGGUGGUAGGUGUUGAAGCUAUGGCAGGAGUAGAAGGACUGUGAGGAUGUGAGAGUGUGUGGUAGGAUGAUACACUCCUCUGGGCUGCUGUGAUUUUAGGGGUGAGUGUCCUCUUCAGAAGCAACCAUCCCAAAUACUGAUACAUAAAUACUCAUGUUUCUGGGGGAAGAAGGGAUCUCUGUGUAGCACUGAGAAAAGCAUAUAAGCCUUCCCAGCAUUCCCUACUGACUGAUUAAGGCAGCUUUCCUCUCAGGCAGAUGGCAACUGAAGAUUACUGUCAGAGGUAAUUAGCUUUCCUUAUGUACAGCCAAGGAAACAAAGGUGCAUAAAUCAGGGCACAGAAAGCCAGGCAGGCUGACUGCCCCUAAUAGUCAGCACUGCAACAUGGGCUGUUGUGUCUCUUUAUAGCACCAAGUCACUGUAACUAUGACACAGAAACAUGUAAAUGAACGUGUGAAGUAUUCUUUAAGAGCUGAGCGCCUGUGUAACAACCAACACAGCUGUGCUGUGAACAAUUCCAGUUCUGAAUUUGCCUUUUUGCCCACAUCUUUGCCCUGAGUUCUUAUUGUGAAUUUGGUUUCAGUGUUGUCUAAGGAAACAUGCAAUUAGUGGUACUCCUAAUGCUGAAGUCAGCUACAGCUACAUCAGUGAAAGCUUAUGAGUUUUGAAAAACAUCCUUUUUUACUUUUUAUUAUCUUAAAGAGUGAAGAAUGCAUUGUGAUAUGAACUGAUUUUAUUCUGCAAUGUAGACUUCUUAGUAACUUUUCCCAUUCAGCAAACAUCAGUAAGAUUUCACGUUCUGCAUUACGUGCUCUUUAGAACCGUGUCUUUCAACUAUGGUAUGAAUCUUGUAGCUGUGGAAAUGCUCAGGUUAAGUAUUGUUUGAGGAUUGUAUUUGGUGGCUUUUCCUAUUUAAGACACAUUUAAGAAAUGAAACAAAGCACUAAAAGCCCGCAGGCACUCUGCUGCUACCUGUACAACCGUUCUUUGUUAGCUCAAAAACACUUUACACCCACAAAGCACUCUCAGCUAUGAAGUUGCUGUCUGAGCUUUUCUUACCAUGUGUGGUGGUGUUGGAGAUAUUUUUGAGCUUUAGUGGCGAGAAAAUUAAACCGUGUGUAAAGAAAGCUCUUGGAAAAAAAAAACCCUAAUACUCGCAAUAUUUGAACUUCUCCAAUUGCACAGUGUCUCUUUUGAUUUAGUUUUUAGUAAGCAGGUAAGGUGAGUUUUCUGAUUAACUUUCAUGACCCAGAGGCAACAUUAAUAUAUUCAUUGCAGUGCUGAAUUGAGAAUACUGGAAAUGUCAGGCAUUCAUGUUAUCAAAGAAGCUGCUGAAACUGUUGGUGUCCUGAAGCUUGCUUACUUCUGAUCUGUUAGGAUCACUACCCUGGGAAGCUUGCAAGACCUGCUAGCAGUGUGGGGUCUACCAGUCAUGAAACGAAUUCUUCUGUUUUUCAUCCUGGCUGCUGCAGUUAUGUACGGUAUAUUGCAUGGAAAUCUGUGGAGAAAUAACUUCUACUGGAUUAGCUUUUAUGGACAGACUUCUUCUGUGAGGGGUCCUUCUUCCAAUGAGGCUAGUGGAGUUACCCAGCUGCCACCUACGGCUGUGGAGAGAAGGAACGCACUGGACACUUGUCUUCUGAAACCAGCAUUUGAAUCUUUACUGGAUGUUGACAAAAUAUACCCGUUCCUGUGUGCCAAUGAUUUUAUCAGAGUAGCAGAGUUCCAUGGAAGUGAUAAGUUCGAGCUACCUUAUGGAAUAAAGAGAGCAGAACAAUUUUUUCGUUUAGCCCUUUCGAAACUGCAAAACUGUGGACUGUCCAACGAAGACAGCAGUGUUGCCUGUCGACGGUGUGUUGUGGUCGGUAAUGGAGGAGUACUUCGAAAUAAGACGUUAGGGGGGAAAAUUGACUCAUAUGAUGUGAUAAUAAGAAUGAAUAAUGGCCCUGUUAUAGGCUACGAAGAGGAUGUUGGGAGAAGGACGACUUUCCGCCUUUCCUACCCGGAAUCCAUCUUUUCGGAUCCAAUCCACUACGACCCAAAUACUACUGUUGUUAUUAUCGUCUUCAAACCACGUGAUUUAAAGUGGCUUUGGGAAAUAUUAGGCGGUCAGAAAAUAAGUGCUAAAGGCUUUUGGAAGAAACCAGCUCUGAACAUGAUAUACAAAUCUAAUCAAAUCAGGAUUCUUGAUCCUAGCAUCACCAGAAAAACAGCUUAUGAUUGGCUUCGUUUCCCAACAAGAUUUCCCAAAAAAGAGAAACCCAAGCAUCCAACAACGGGGCUAAUUGCCAUUACACUAGCAUUUCAUAUCUGUCAUGAAGUUCACCUGGCGGGCUUCAAAUAUGACUUCACUGACAGGAACAGUUCUUUGCACUACUAUGGCAACGAAACAAUGUCUCAGAUGAUGCAGAAUGAAUACCAUGACAUCAGCGCUGAGCAGAAAUUCUUGAAGAAGCUUAUAGACAAGAACUUUGUGGUCAAUUUGACGUGAAAGCUGGAUGGAAAACAUGAAGAAUAAUCACUAUUUUCAAGAUUUCAAAAUGUUUUAUUUUUUGUAUGACAUUUUUAUUUUUUAAGUGCAACAUAACUGUUUACUGUUGAAAAACAGCACGGAAACCUCAUAAGGCAGAAGCUUCUUCUAAGCCAGAGGAUAAUGGACUAUUCCAAGCUGAGCUAACUGAAUUUCUGUGAAGCUAUUUAAUGGGAAAAACACAAAACUUUCAGCUGAAAGUAUCAGGGAUGUAUAAAAAUGUGAUUCACAUUACUUAUUUAUCAGCAAGAACUUUUUUCCAAAUGGUUACUUCUCUGGAAUACCUUCUUUUCUAAUGUCCUCCAAAAGGAUUACACUGUUAAGAGACUGAGACAACUAUUCAAGUAGUGGAUGGAUGUCAAUGCUUGAAUCUUGUAAUACGAAAGUGGCUUUACAAGCGAUGCCUUCAAGUCAUUACUGUGUGUUUGGGAGAAGGGGAAACAUGCAAACGUACAGAUUUCAAUGUGCCCUCCUCCUGAGCAGAGGACAUCCAUCUUCUGUGAAGAAGCCACAACCUGCACUGGUCAUCAACUCUGAACUGCUGUCUGUGUGUGCCAAAGGUGAAGACCCUUUGGUCUGUUUACUGGAGAUGCUGGCAUUGACAAUGCUCAUGUUGUACCAGUUUAUGGAAAAAAAACAUAUGACCUGUGCUGUGCUUCCAAUAAAUUUUACGGUUUUUGACUUCUCUUAGAAUAGAGGGAGUUUGAAGACUGAAGCUUUGUCUCGACGGCUUGUGUCUCUUGCUUCCCCCAAAUGACAACAGGAAUGUGAGCUCAGACAGAGAUGUUCACAAUUGAGUUUAACCUUAGAGGCACAGGUUUUUGGAUUUCCAGACUUCAGGAUAGAAUCUAGUAUGUCUUUCUGUUCUCCUGCAAGAAUGACAAUAUAUUUUUCCAACUGUAAUCCCCUUUCUCACAUGCUGCAAAGCAUUUAGAACUCUGACAUGCAUAAGUAUGAACAAUAAAUGUUCCUGUCUUUGGCGGCAGAAUGUACUGGACACUCUGUAAGACUGCAUCAGCUGAAUUACUUUUUGGCUACCGUUUACAUCUCUCAAGGUUUAAAUGAUGUGGAUGAGCUAAAUCAGUGGGCAUUUACAUGGGAAUUUAAUGGAGACAUUCAUUGGGAAGAUUGUGUUUCCUGUAUUGAUUUGUUUCAGUCACCCUACCAAAUAAGUUAUAUUUGCCUGGGAAUGUACUUGACAACUUUUAAAAUGAAAGAACAAGUAGAAUUCCAUUCUGAAUCUUUCACAGGAUCUAUUUAUAUAUCUUUUUAUGGAGUCAGGCUUUUUUGGGAAGAUCUUUAUAGUUAUCUACUGAUCGUACCUGAAGAAAACACUAAAAUCUGUUUCGAAAAAGUCUUCGAAGUGGAUAGAAAAAAUUUGUUGCUUUUUAAUAAAAAGACACAAAGAUGUAGUACAUCUGGAACCGGUGCAAGCAAUUACAAUAUGGUCUCAAGCCUCUAGCAGGUCAUGAGCACAGUGUUGUCUUUUUUAGGAGCUGAGCAUUACAAGAGUGCUGAUCCCAGUUCCUUUGCUGCAGCAGUGUAGAGGAGUAAGCACUGGAGUGACCAAAGAGCCAUCAUAUCUUUUUCUUAUUUCUCUUGUAGAGUGCAAUUGGUGAUUAAAAAAGAUCCUGAUAGCUUCUUCUUUAGCUUCUUGUCUCUGCCACUUGGCAGCUGCAGAGUGCAGUGUGACUUUGGAGGCAAGCCACUGCCAAAGAAAAGGUGGCUUGUGCUGUUUUACGUUGUUUUUACCUAGUGACUCCUGGCUUCUGUUCAAUUUCAAGCAAAUGGGACAUAUUUAAAAUAAUUGCAGAUGUCAUAAAAAUGUGCAUCCCAGUGUGGCACGAGGAGGUGGUAGUUCAGCCACGAUGGUGCUUCUGCAUGGAGGGACCCCUCAAACAGCUGUGUACUGGUGGCAGCAGGGGCAGAAGGAGCAUGCUGGAGGAUCAGGUCAGGUACCUGUGCUGCAGGAAUGGAGGAAACCAGAAGUAAUUGAAGGGAGUGUAUAAGCAGGAGGGGGAAUGGCUGUUUACAAGGGUGGAUAGUGAUAGGAAAUGGGGGGAAUGGUCUUAAACUGAGACAGGAAGGUUUAGGUUGGAUAUCGGGAGGAAGUUUUUCACACAGAGGUGGUGACGCACUGAACAGGUUGCCCAAGGAGGCUGUGGAUGCCCCAUCCCUGGAGGCAUUCAAGGCCAGGCUGGAUGUGGCUCUGGGCAGCCUGGUCUGCUGGUUGGCGGCCCUGCACAUAGCAGGGGGGUGAAACCAGAUGAUCACUGUGGUCCUUUUCAACCCAGGCCAUUCUAUGAUUCUGUGUUAAAGUAGCAGAAGUGGUCUUACUUAAAAAUCUGAACAGAAAAAGGUGGAGUUCUGCACCAGAAAACAGUGACGCUGCCUUUAGCUCUGUCAGCAUCUAUGCCUCAUGUUUACCUCAGUCACUUAGAAAGUGUUCAUGACUGUGCAGCACCAGCCCUGCACUGAUUCAGACUACUGACGGCAAAUCCACAAGGAAACAAAAGGGCAAGGAAAGGUGUUUCAUGCAGCUGGCAGUGCUGAGCUUUCUUUGCACAGAAGUCCUUGCAGGAGUCUCACUAUGCUGAGGGCAGAGGUGGGGGCUGCCUACAGACAAAAUAACUGGUAAAAAGGACUUCAUGGCAAACAGACGAUGUCCCCAAAUUCCUUUUUUACUUACAGUAGUCUCCUUUAUUCUCAUUUUUAAUCACAUCACUGUUAUGGUCUCUCUAAGCUUCUUUUCUGACAUUGGAUAUUGUAAAUGUGCUCAAAAUGCUGCCUGCAGGCAUUUAUCCCUCUCAGCUGCUGUUUUUUUUUUCUCCUCCGUGAGUCUUCCCUUGUUCAUGACUUUCUCCCUCCGAUAAUUAGGCAGUACUCCUGUGCAUGCUUUCUGCCCACAUCUCUCUCUCCUGCAGGAACACUGAGUCCGCAUGGGCUGAGGCUGCCGUCAUGGCAGGGGGACUCUGCCAUAUUCAGAGCCAGACCUGUUUGCUUGGGCAUGAAGCAAGAUUUGAUAGUACUGAUAAACAGUAGGCACUGUUUUUUUUGAAAAAGGACAGCUGGCAGUCCAGCAGCUUUUAUCUUCAGCAAUUAGCGGUGAGCUAAUUGGUUUUCAUUGGUUUUCUCCCUUAAAUGUUUUAGAAGGGUUCUGUGUAUACUGGCCCUGCUUUGUCAGUGUCAUACCACCUCACAUGGCCACUUCUGCUAUUCUGCCUUGAGAACAGACUUCUAUGUGGACUUCUUGAGGGCAGGAAUUAAUGUAUUUACUUGGUCAAUAAUGUCUGCAGAUUGUGGUGCCUGUUAUAUCUGGGUCACGUUUUCAAUGGUAGCAUGUAAUAUCAAAGGUUGGCCUUAGGGCUUUAAAAUUUUAUUAUAUAAUAACAGAAGGGCUACAAUGCAUACCUCAAAUACUUCUUAUUUUUUGCCUUUCCAAAGGCAAGGUUUCUGCACUGAAAUUUUCCUUUGAGAGCUGCCCAUUACUUUGAUUACAUCAUCAGUGGAGAAGCUGUCAAAUUGUGAAUCCCAAGGUGCUCAGCCCCUAUUUUUGUGUCUGUAGUAGCGUGUCUCCACAGGUAUGAGUACCCUGUGAAGUUUCUUUCUGAAUCUAUUGCAAAGUCAGAUGGUUUCACCACUGCUUCUUCUCUUCCUCUUCCCCAGCAGUGGACUGAAGCUCACACCAGCAGCAUCUUGCAGCAGAGAUGCUCCUGUGUUUUAUCUGCUAGCCCUACAAAAUGCUGCACCGUUAGAAAGACCUCACUCUGAAGUACCGAAGUACACACAAGUAGCAAGCUGGAUAACAUCCAUCAGCCCAAGUUCUGUUUGGCCCAGACCCUUAGGGAGCCUGUUUGUUUUUGCCAGUAUCUUUACUGUAAUAAUUAAAGGAAACACUGAGUUACUAGAUAAGGAAGGUCACAAAUUAUUGCACUGAAUAUGAACUGGACAGUGCCUAACAGAUUCAGUUAAAUCACAUUUCUCACGGCUGCUUGUUGAGAACAACACAGAAUCACAGCUUUUGUGUUUAUUGAUCAGUGAGUGUAUGGUACCUCUUGUUUCCUGUGCCAGGAUUCUUUUUUUAGCAGUGCAGGUAAUAAAGUACUGUCACUUUUAAGCAGAGCCUGAUCUUAAGACCAUGCAAAGCUCAACGUCUGUUUCUGAUAUAGGUUAGUACUUCAUUAUUUUAUUUGCAAUUUGUCUAAAGUUUAUGUGCCUUUAAAGCGUCAACUGUGUUUUGAAGGCUUUCUUAUGGAUGUUUCAAGUGAAAUUUUGAAUGCUACGGAUGGAAAGCAAUUAUUUAUCUGUGAAUAAAUGGUGUUAAGAUGUUA